GUAAAAGACCAACCAAAUUGCUAUGGCUAAACUUGUUUGUGCAUUUCUUUUCAUGCUUGUCACUUCUUUUGUGAUUCAAGAUGUCUAUGCCGGUGGGGAAGGAUCUCUUAAACCUGAAGAAUGUUCGGCUGCAUGUGAUGUUCGUUGUUCAGCAACUAUGUACAAGAAGGCAUGUCUAACCUAUUGCAACUACUGUUGUGCAAAAUGUUUGUGUGUCCCAUCAGGAACAUAUGGUCACAAGGAAGAAUGUCCAUGCUAUGCUAACUUGAAAACUCAUGAAGGAGGACCCAAGUGUCCCUAAUUUAUAGAUGUUAUGUUUUGUAGUCACAUUAUUCUUCAUGCAUAGAUCUUCGUCGAUGCAUUUCUCAGCUAUUUGAUCAUUAAUAAAAUUUC